AUGUCUGACUUCCUUGGAGCUCGCAUCUCCCUUAUAUCCAAGAGCGACAUUCGCUAUGUCGGCACCCUCUACGAAAUCAACUCGAACGAGUCCACCGUCUCCCUCGAGAACGUCAGGUCACAUGGCUCCGAGGGUCGAAAGGGCGACCCCUCCGAGGAGGUGUCCGCCUCGGAUCAGGUCUACGACUUCAUCGUCUUUCGAGGCAGCGACGUGAAGGAUUUGCGCAUUGAAGAGGGGCCAGCUGCGCCCAAAGAGAACCAACCUCCAAUGCCCAAUGACCCAGCUAUCGUCGGUGGUGCUCGCGCUCAUCCAGGACGGGCUCCUGGGUCUAAUCAACCUCCUGGCCCCAAUGGUCCUCCCGGCCCUCCUGGCGCGCCUGGAUUUCAAAACCCCAACAUGUUUCCCCCUUACCCGCCUCCACAAGGCUGGGGCCGACCUGGUCCUGGUCCUCCUGGUCCUGGCGGAUUUGGCAUGGGAUACCCUCCUCAGGGAUGGUUCCCGCCUGGUCAAGCUUUCCCGCCCAACGGGCCUGGUCCUUGGAACAACAACUACCCGUUCCCUCCUGGCCCCCCGGGAGGGCCCCUCGGGCCUCCCGGUAUGCAACAGCAGCGGCAGACACCAGGAAUGUCUCCCAACGCCAUGGCGUCUCAGGCAGGAAACAAACCAGCACCCAUCGGUGGAGCCGCAGAUUUGUCGAGGGGCCCAGGUCCAGCUCCUGUUGAGAUGCCAUCUGAACCCCGAGUCCUCGGUCAGACUGCUAUGCCACCCUCAACAGGCCCAGCACCUACACCUCCAGUGGCAUCCAAACCGUCUGCAGAAGAGGUCAAGGUCACAGCUGCCUUGCUGGAAAACCAAAAGCCUGGAGCGCCAGCAGCUCCUGGCAAACAGAUCCCAACUGGCCCCAAGGGCUUGACCAAGAUCACCCCAGCAGUGCCUCUCCCUUCUGCUUUGACCGCCAGGGCGGCGCAGUCGACGGUCUCUGCCAGUGCCAAUGUGAACAACUCCUCCGCGAACCCUGCAUCAUCGGCCGCUGCUCUUAGGGAUGCGACGGAGGCAGCCAGGGCUGCUGUGGCUGUUGCUAUGGCCAAGCUCGAGCAACCAGGUGGCUCAACCGGCCCGGCAGGCUAUCAAGCGAAUGGAAACGGCGUGGACAACCUUACCAACAAGGUCAACGAGAUGAGAGUGAGCGCUGCACGAUCUGGUGUUCAGAAUGGUCGUGGACGCGGCCGCGGUGGAGCACGUCAUGCCAAGGUUGAGGUACCAGACUCGGACUUCGAUUUUGCGACGGCCAAUGCAAAGUUCAACAAGGAGGAUGUUGUCAAAGAGAGAAUCGCGGGCUCGCCACUCACCGAGACUCCAAUUGAGUCAGGCGAGGCCCAGCCUGGCGCUGCGGCUGAGCCCAAGGAAGUUUACGACAAGGCAAAGUCUUUCUUCGACAACAUCUCUAGCGAAGCCAAGGACCGCAAGGCAAACAAUGGCCAAAGGCCCGGUGGUCGGGAGUGGCGUGCCGAGGAGCAGAAUCGCAACAUUGAAACGUUCGGCCAAGGCAGCGUCGAUGGCGGCUACCGAGGAUAUCGGGGACGUGGACGUGGGCGUGGCGGGCGUGGACGAGGCUUCGGUGGUCGUGGCCGCGGAGGCUACCGAGGCCCCCGAACAGACGCCCAGACUGUCCCCCAGUAG